AUGAACGAAAGGGUAUUUGAAGUGCGCGCACACCGACCCAUGACAUCUACCCCUGGUGUGGCCAACGAGGUUCCAUUAGAGAUAUGGCUCAUCAUCAUUCAGUUUCUCCCGCCCAAGGAGGUAUCACGACUAUACAGCGUUAAUCGAUCGCUAUUCGAGAUUUGCAUGGACGUGAAGUAUCGCCACCUCCAUUUCGAAGGUGCUAUUGAAGACAUUCUCGCACUCCAGAACCCGAUAGUUGCUCGCAGAGUCGAGUCUGUCUCAGUGAAUCUUCUCAACUUCCAACCACUACUUCAGCUUCUCAGUCCCGAAGCGACUCAGGCAUUGACGGAGGCAUACGGACGACGAUGGUGGUCACUGUUUUCUGUUGAGAUGCCUCAACUACCCUCCCUUCAGUCCCUCUCGAUUCGCUUCUAUUCCAUUCUCAACUAUACGCAAUUCGCUUCUAUACCUUCCUCCAUUUCUAUCCAACCCGCCUGGAGUUGCGUUCCUCGAAGCCUUCUACAUCUACGCCUUGCCAUCCCCCUCGAAGCGUACCAGGAUGGUGUAAUAGUUCCUCGAGCGUUGCACUUCCCUUCAUUGGAAGUACUCGAUCUACGUAUCUGGGCCGGAUACCGAACGACAGACUACGAAUCUAUCCUCUCAAAACUCAUCGCUCCUCUCGUAAACCGCCAUUCCUCUUCCCUCUCCUCUCUCACCGUCAAAUUCGAAGAACAUGAUCAUAUAUUCUAUAAAUCCCCGGGACUAUUCGACCACUUGGGGAGGUUGCCUCACCUCCGAACGUUCGGUGUGCGCGUUACACUGGGAAGUCCCUCCCAAACCGAUCUUUCUGGUUUGUCGAGGUUCAUCUCGAUGCACGCGGAUACGAUGAAAGACAUGUGCCUCCACCUACCCCACUCUUCGCAGUUUAGGUCGAUGGCGCCGUUCGCGGACCCCACUCCUUUUCAUGACUUGGCGACACCACAGUUUCCUACCUUUGAUGGGGACUCGUUGUUCGCCCUACCAUUGUUCAACCCGUCAGAGGCAAGCCCAUUCCCUCAACUGGAGUCGUUCGAGCUCGAGAUGUUCUUCCCCGACAAGACACGCUUUCCGGCGGAACGCUUCCUGUCCUGGCCACAAUCCAUAACCAGGCUGAAGCUUGCUUUGGGGAACCUCCAACUCCGACUCGAUUCUGCAGGAUCCUCGACUAUAGAGGUCUUCAAACAGAUCUUGUCGCCUAACGUCUUCCCCAGCCUCACCUACCUCUCAUUAUACGUACACGAGGUCAACGACGCGACUUUACUCUUCCAAUUAUCGCAAUUGGCCCUGUUCGUGGAAGAACUGGAGUUGAUCUUUAGUUCGUUGAACCUGUGGGGGGCUGAGUUGAGAAAGCUGAAGGAGAUGGGGGAGAGAUUACGGUUGGAAAUUGAAGAGAGUCAGUCCUGCCUUCUCGAAAUCGCGCUCCGUGACACUCUGUGGGAUGCGCGGGCCAGACCUAUGAUGGCGCUCUCUCAACGCUCAGGGGGUCAUAUCCCGAAUUCCCUGCAUUAG